CACAGGGGGCUGCACUUUAAUUUGGAGGACAGCCAUUUGCUAUUCUUAAACCUCAACUCUGUGGUGCAGUGUUGAGGGAGAGAUCUUAGUUCUCCCUCCACAUCUAUUAUUAUGCUUGUAGCUUUGUCUUGGUAAUAUGUUUUUUGUUGUCGUUUCCAUUGAACCUACAUGAAAGUGAAUGGACUUAAUUAGUGAGUGAAAAGUUUUUGCCAUUUGUGAGGAGGUCUGCUGAAAAUCAGUCAUGAGCUCCAGCCUCGUCAACUCUUUAGCCAAAGUCUAUGAUCCAAACCCUCUUCAUGGUCAGAAGCCUGGUGGAAGGAAACUCUCUCUUAAUGGAUCAGACAAGUCCCAAGCUUCUUCAUCUUCAUCAUCAUCUUCCUCCCCUCAUGAUGCCGCCCUACGCUGCGUGGAGAGCCGAAUGGACUCCCUGAGCUCUCAGAUGGAGCGCUUGCUCAACAUGCAGCAGACUGUCUUGACCCAGCUAGAUGGCUUGUCUCAGGAUGUCAGGGGUAUGGGUCAGGAUCUGGCAUCUAUGCGUGAAGAGGGCCAUGGGGGGAGACGUGGGUCAGGCGUUGCGGUGUGCAGGGAGCUGCGUGGAGCCGUGGAGAGAACCAGCGAGCGGAUGGAGAGUCAGGGACGCAGGCUGGAAGGGGUGGAGAAGCUGGUGGAGGGCACCCAUCAGGUGAUCAGCUUCAUUGGGGAGGUGGUGAAGAGCUCCAGGCUGGUGGAGCUGCUGUUUAAACAGUCUGGAAUCAAGGCUAACAAGAAGGCAAAGGAUGACAAGGAUAAAGCCAAACUGAGCCUAAAGGGCUUGAAGGCCCAGAAGAAGAGGAAACCUCAGGACACAGCAGACACAUCCUCGCUGAAUGAGCCCGUGCUGCAGGAACAGGUGGAAAAGCUCAACAGGCAGAAUACUGAGCAUUCCCAUGGAAAAUUAGAGGCUGACAAUCAGAGGGGGCAGAACAGGGGAAGUGGAGGAAGAAGACAGGAGCCAGCAGAGCUGAUCCUGGACGGACCACACACCUCUGCCGCCCAGUCAAAGGAGAGGAAGAAGGCAACUACAGAGAAAGAGGAGGAGGAGGAGGAUGAUGAGGAGGAGGAGGGAGAUGUCUUUGAGGACUCAGAGUCAGAGGAAGGGGAGGAAAAGGCAGAAGAUGUUAGUCCAGAACAGGCUGGAAACGUGGAGGAUGAUGGGAGGAAAAAGCCAAAUGGAGAGGCAGAAGAGGCGUCAAAUUCAGAUAUCUGCAAGACCUCUCUCCUGCCACAGGAAAGCUCUGAGGAGGUCGGCGAUGCGGCCACUUGCAGCAAACGCCGUGUCACAGAAGAAGAACUGGAGAAGGACGACCUUAAAAAAAGCAGAGUGGAAGACAGUAAAGUGGAAAAUGCUGAUGGGCAGGUGGUGGAGGGGGGCAAGCCACAGGCCUCUAAAUCUGACAAAGUAAAGACAGAGGUGGAAGAGGAAGGGAGGGAGGGAGAGUCGACAGUGAAGGAAUUUAUUAUUGACUCAAGCCCUCCACCGUUAGCACCUUUUGAUCACCGCAUUGUGACUCCCAAACCCCAUCAGAUAGCCACCUAUUACACUAUCAACAGAGACGAGGUCCUGGGAGGGGGACGUUUUGGACAAGUCCACAAGUGCAUGGAGAACUCGUCUGGUUUGAUGUUGGCUGCCAAGAUCAUCAAAGCCAGGAGCCAGAAAGAGAAGGAGGUGGUGAGGAAUGAGAUCCAGGUGAUGAACCAACUGAACCAUGCCAACCUCAUCCAGCUGUACGCCGCAUUUGAGUCGCGCCAUGACAUCAUCCUGGUCAUGGAAUUUGUGGAGGGAGGGGAGCUGUUUGACCGCAUCAUUGAUGAGAACUACAACCUGACAGAGCUGGACACUGUGCUGUUUAUACGGCAGAUCUGUGAAGGGCUGCAGUACAUGCAUAAGAUGUACAUCCUACAUCUUGACCUCAAGCCAGAGAACAUUCUUUGUGUCAGCAGAGCUACUAACAAGAUUAAAAUCAUUGACUUUGGCCUGGCUAGGAGGUAUAAGCCCAGGGAGAAGCUGAGGGUCAACUUUGGAACACCUGAAUUUUUAGCUCCUGAAGUCAUCAACUAUGAGUUUGUUUCAUUCCCCACAGACAUGUGGAGCCUCGGCGUCAUCACUUACAUGCUACUCAGUGGCUUGUCUCCUUUUCUGGGGGAUGACGACAAUGAGACACUGAACAACAUCCUGGCCUGUCAGUGGAACUUUGAGGAGGAGGAGUUCACAGACAUCUCUGACGAGGCCAAAGACUUCAUCACCCGUCUGCUGGUGAAGAGCAAGAGCUGGAGGAUGAGCGCAGCAGAGUCCCUCAGACACCCCUGGCUGUCAGACCAGAGUCUGCACUAUCGACUAAAUCUGAAGAAAAACAAGUGCCACUCCACACAUGCUCCUCCUCCAGAGAGCCAGACAGAAACACCGUGAGGCCCUCAGCAUGCCUUUCGACAAUGUAGGGCCCCAGAGCCCAACACUGGACCAAUGCUGCUGUACCUGUAUGGCUACUGGAUAACUACUCGCAUCUUUGUGUUAGCUUAGCACCGCAGCUUGUAGUUCUGACCUGACUAGUGUUAGGCCCACAGGAAAAAAACGGACUUUUUUUAAUGCUGCCUUCAAAGCCCAAACCAUCUGCUAGCAUGGUUACCCGUCCUGUAGAGCACAUAACUUCAUACUGAAGCAGAGAGGACUCUAUCUCUAUGGUGGUGUGUAGUUACUGUAGCUGCCAAGGUAAAAGAACCACCUGUAUCUCAAUGGUGAAUCCAAAAUAGACUAAAAGCCUGAAUUACUUGUCACUUCUACAACUUCCAUGUUUAUCACUGAAAAGGUAAAGAAAAACUAAAAAUCAGCCAUUUAGCAUCAAACAGACACUGUUAUUCUCUCUCUGACAGUGAUCGGUUUGUCAUGUUGUCCUGGUUAGUUGCAUGCUUUGCACUUUUGGGCCUAUUUCUUCAAGAUUUAGCAAACAACUUUAAACAAAAUAUAGACUGAAUUCUAUUAUUUAAAUAAUAUAUUUUUGUGAAUACAUAUUUUUUCUUUCUUUUAAUUUACAAGUCUUAUAAAAAUGUUUUUCUUUCUUGAACAUAAGGUAAAAUACAUGUAGAACUUAGCUGAAGUUGAAGUCACACCACAUUAAUUUAUUUUGUAUAUAACACAAAACUGCAUACUCUCAUUCCCCUGAAAAGUGAGGGAAUAUCUCAAUGACUGAAUGCUUCCUGCUUCGUGCCAUAUUCAGCCCACAUUUCUGGUACAUUUUCACUGUAGACUGGAUUGCUUUCUGGAUGCGUUCAUGCCACUAGCUCACCUUUGCUUCGGCAGUUUGGAGUAGCCCUCUCACCUUCCAUGAAGGCAUAAGGACUAACAGAAUACUACCUAUGAAUGAUUCAUGUUUAUGACUGAAGUGGAUUCUUAUGUUCAUUUAUUUACUGGUUCAACACCAGACUGUACUUGACGUGCAAAGCUUUUAUUCAAGAUGGGAUUUUUUUUUUCAGGGGAGACAAACAGGAUUUCACUUAGUUAUGCACAUACUGUACUGUAUGUGUAAAUGCACAGUUCAGUUUGAUGGAGAGCCAACAGCAGAGCACAGAAGACAUCAGUCAGUGCUUUAGUGGCCCAUUCUUUCUAAGAGAUGGAAAGGUGGAUGAAUAUUCGUCACUCGGUUGUUGCCUGUUCCAUUUGGAAAUGGAAAAGCUUUGUGAUUUUGAAUACGUGUUUAUUUGAAUUUAUGAUACAUUUUUCAAGUUUUCUUCUAUAACGAUGAGACAUAAAUAAAUGUAGAAUAUAAAUAAGCAAAUAAAUAAGGCACACUAGAAAACAUUUGCAGUGUUUCUUACAAUGUAUUUUUUGAAAAUAAAAACACAGGACUUGAAUAUUAAAA